GGAGGAAACGCUGCAAAGAGGCCACGCACAGGCUGGAAUUUCCCUGCCGUUUAAAUCGGCUUGGACGGCCCCUGGGCCUACAACUGAACAGAAAAGCGAGGCCCUCCAGCCAUUAAGCCAAAAGGCCCGCUCACACCGGCCCCGCUCCCCUGUCCAAGGACUGCGAUUCCCAGAGCCCUCCGCGACCGGAGAGGUCGCGGCCGCGGGUGCGCAGGCGCACACCUGCCCCCGCGGGUGGGCUGGAACCGCGCUACGCAGAAGUGGUCAGAUGGGAGCUCCGGGACCUGCGAGGGUGUCCCUGAAAGACUCCUGCUAGUAUGGGCCUUCUACAGAGCCAGUCCAGGCUAGGAUGGCUGGAUCACUAACAGCAGCUGAAACUCUGGCCCUUCAGGAUACACAGGGUCAAGAGAAGAUUAUGAUGAUGGAGCCAAAGGAAGAGGAACAGUCUUGGGAGUGUGAGACCAGGCAACAUGGGAACCGCUCUCCCAGUCAGGAGAUCUUCCGCCAACGCUUCAGGCAGCUCUGCUACCAGGAGACUCCUGGUCCCCGGGAGGCCCUGAGCCGACUAAGGGUGCUCUGCUGUGAGUGGCUAAGGCCCGAGAGGCACACCAAGGAGCAGAUCCUGGAGUUGCUGGUGCUGGAACAAUUCCUGACCAUCCUACCGGAGAAGCUCCAGUCCUGGGUGCGGGGACAUCACCCUGAGAGUGGAGAGGAGGCUGUGACUGUGCUGGAGGAUUUAGAGAAAGGACUUGAUGAACCAGGACUGCAGGUCCCAGGCCCGGUACACGGACCUGCACAGGAAGAGCCGUGGGAGGAGAAGGAGCCUGUGGGAGCAGCCCAGGAGAAACCAAGCAUCCAGCUCCAGCCUAAGGAGACCCAGGCUUUCCCAGAGCGUGAACAGGUAUAUUUACAUUUUCCAUCAGUUGUUGCAGAAGAUGAUGCAGAGCCCAAGGACAAAGGGUCGUUGCCAGAACCACCCAUUACUGACGUGGAAUCACAGGUGCUCAGAGAAAAACUCACCACCAGCACCUCUACAUUUGAAGCUGCCUCUGAAGUUGAGGCCCCUUUAGAGCAGCAGCAGAGAAAUCUCAAAGGGGAAAGGCUGAAGCAGUCCCCCGCUCAGGGGAAAAGCUUCAGGCAGAUGGUCGUCACCCUUAAGACAACUCCCACAGGGAAGAAAGACCAUGAAUGCAGUGAAUGUGGUAAAGCCUUCAUUUAUAACUCACACCUUAUAAUCCACCAGAGAAUCCAUUCUGGAGAGAAACCCUAUAAGUGCAGUGACUGUGGGAAAACUUUCAACCAGAGCUCAAACCUCAUUCAGCAUCAGAGAAUUCAUACAGGAGAGAAACCCUACGAAUGUCAUGUGUGUGGGAAGUCCUUCAGGUGGAGUGCUCACCUUGUUCAACAUCAGAGGGUUCAUUCAGGGGAGAAGCCCUACGAGUGUAAUGAGUGUGGGAAGGCCUUCAGUCAAAGCUCAUAUCUAAGUCAGCAUCUGAGAAUCCACAGUGGAGAGAAACCUUUCCUAUGUAAAGAAUGUGGGAAGGCCUACAGAUGGAGUUCUGAGCUUAUCAGACAUCAGAGAGUUCAUGCCAGAAAAGAGCCUUCCCAAUGGACUGUGGGUGAGAAAGUCUCCAGACAGAAUUGUACUUUUGUCUGAUCAGUUUUAGGACUAUAUUCCAUAAAAGUUAUAAGCACCUUAAGAUUUUUCCUGUGUCUUUCUUGAUUUAGGAAAAAAUGUUUACCUAGUCCCACCUUCAGCUCAUCGCCUCAUGCCCUCUGUUUGAGAUGACUGUAUCAACUAGCAUGCCUUUGGCUGCGAGUAACAGCCAAGAUGCCGACUUCAUUAGGGUUCUGGGCCUGGCACAGAGCAGCUGUGCAGGCAGUGGCUAUCCUAUAUUAGUAUUAUUGUGAAUGGGCCUUUGGUCCUGGCCCUUCCUCGGCCCCAUACUGAGCUGCCUCUUGGGACAGGGUCACAUCUACAAGUGUCCAGGCAUGAGACAGAAACCACACUUGUUCUUUGAGCAGGAAACGUUUAAUACAAAGAAGUGCUAGCUAGUAAAGGGGGAUUAUCUGUUAAAGGAGGUAACGAGAUCUUAAUAUAGGAAUAGCAGCAUGGGGAACAGCUACUACCUCUAGGACUGAGGGAGAGCAUCAGAGGAAGAAGCAGACCUAGGAGAGCCAACCCUCCCCCGCACCCCCAGCCCAAGACUGGACAGGUGAAAUUCAGGCCUGACUGGACAGGUGUGGCUGCCCCAGGGGUAUGUGCGAGCUGGUCUGUACAGGCUUGCAACAGCCAGUUCUGCACUUCUUUUCGCCAGCCUGCACUGAAAUUGGUCAUGGUGAGAGUAUUCAUGCCGUGGAAAUCAGGAAUGCUACAAAUCAGGGCUUUUCUUUUUUAACUAGUUGUUAAAUAUUGACACUGGCUGGUGAAGUUCAUCAAGGCGCUGCAGGUCAGAGCAGGAAGCCACUGGUCGAGGUGCCCGCAAACUCACCAGAGGACGGGUGCUGCACUGUAAGGACAAGAAGGAAAACUACCAGAAGGACAAGCCCCUUCCUCUUUGCUUUGUCCCUCCAGUGCCCUUUACUGGCAAAGCCUGACACUGUGCCAGCUGGCAAAGGGGAGAUGUCGACAGUUCCAGCUCCAGUCUCAUAGAGUACGGCAGGGGACGGCAGACUUGGAGUGAGGAGGUGAUUACUUGCUAACUGGCCCGUGUUAUAAACUCCUUUCCACCUCAGGACCUCUGUCCUCAUUCUCCAUUCCCUAACUCCAUGCUCUCCUCCCAGAUAGUUACAUAAGUCACAUUUUACUUUGUCUAGAUCUCCACUUAAGUGUCACCUCUUGAGAGAGGCCUUCCCUGACUCUGAGAUACAAGUUUUAUUUCUCUCUCACAUAAAUGUCCAGACAUGAGCAGGUGGUCAGCAAACAGCCCACAGGCCAAAUCCAUCUUGCGGCCUGUUUUUUUAAAGCCCACAAGCUAAGAAUGGUUUUUGCAUUUUUUUAAGUGUAAAAAGCAGGAAAGAAGAGUUAAGUGACAGACUGUGGCUCACAUAGCCUAAAAUAUUUACUUCUGGCCCCUUACAGGAAAUUUUUUUCAAGCCCUGGUCUAAGGGACAGCUCAGUUUAAUUUCACCAGGUACGUCAGGGACCCACCUUGCUCCUCUGUCCCCUGGAUUAGGAUGUGUUUGUCUGCAUGGUUGAUGCUGGAUCCUUACCGUAUCCACAUUCCAUUUCCCAGGAAGAGUGAAGUAAUGGUCUCAAGGACUGGCAAUUUCCUUUUCAGCAGGUGUCGCAGAAGGGGACCCAAUCCUUUGGUGAAGAUUCAACUACACAGCCACAUCUACCUACCAGGGAGGCUGGAAAACACCUCUAGCAGGGUGACAAUUUGCCCAAUUAAAACUGGAGAAGGAGAGAACAAAUUUGGGAAGACCAUGAGCGUGCUCCACCCCAUGGAACAUCUCCCCACUUCUGCAGCCUGGUGCUGCGGACUGACUGGCGAAGGAGAGUCCUGGUCCCUGAAAGGGCAGAGCAGGAUCUGGGAGGCAGAUGAUGUGGUCAAGACGUCAAGGGUAUGGAUUAGAGCUCUGGUCUUGGUGGUGGUCACUCCAGAAAUAGCCAUCAUUUUGACUGCAGCACCCUGUAUUCAUCACUGAAAAGAGCUGAAACCAGAAUAUUUUGUAGGCAAAAUGUUGACCUGAGGCCAUCUCUUCUGACUUCGUUAGUGCAAAAGAAGCUAUUCCAACAGCAGAGGUUCUGUAUACUUAGUUUGGUUGUAUUACAGGAACUAGUUCCGUAUCCAAGAGGGGCUCCUGGGAUUUAAAGGUGCCAUACUGGUCCAAUCAUAAUCUGUUCGUGUUUCUAUGUAUGAGUGCCCUGCUCACAUGUGCAUUUUGGAAUUCACUGAUAGCAGAAAGUUCCCCUAGCUGCGCAGCUGAAUAAACAAAAGAACUUGUACC